AAAACAAAAAGUAAACAGAAACUGUCAUGUCAUCGGGAAAAAACAAAAGAUUUUCUGAAUUUCAUUCAUCACAUGUAGUAACUAUUUAUCUGGGAAUUGGGAAUAUGUUUUAGUAUUAAGAAUAAAUACAGAGAAUUUUAAGAUAUGUAUUCCUUUGAGGGUGAUUUUAGACGGAAACCACAACAAAAUUUGUCUGGAGCAAGUUCUCAACGUAACACUGACAGGGAUGCUUUGAUUCUUCAAUCACAACAGCAAAGGCAAAAACGAGAGGAACGAAGGAAACGUCUUAAUAGUACAAUAAAAAUUCAAGCUUAUGUAAGAAGCUAUUUAACCAGAAAACAUUGUAAACAAAGUGAGCGGGCACAAUUUGAUGCCUUAUUUCCAAAUGCUUCUGAAGAUGAACAAUUAUUGUUUUCAACUCUUAUCUCUAAAAUAUUGUUCUUCUAUGAUGCUACUAAAGAUGUUUCUAGAUUGAUUUCUAUAUCACAAAUAUUAUUAAAGCAAUGGAAUAAAGUUUUUCUAAAUGCUAGUUCUUGUAUACAAAUAAGAAGACUAUUAGCAUUGCAUUUAUCAGUACUCAAAGAUAAUGUUGAGGUACCUUUAGCUGUUCCACUAAGAAUGUUUGAAGUGUUUACUUCUGUAACAUCUGCAGAAACUAUUUUGAAUAAAGAAGAGGCACUGACAGUUGUAGGAAAUACUUUUAUAUACCUAAUUAGAAGAGGCUACUUCAAAGACUUGUGUCAGCUCAUGUGUCAAAGAACUCCACCUUUAUAUGGUCCUUCACCAAACCCACCAACACCACUUUGUGGAGCUUUGUUGGAUCUCAUUCAGAGACCUUUGCAUUUGGUCACUAAAAUUCAUCUACCAGAUUUUGAUAAUAAUGUAAUGACAGAGUUUGCAUCUGCCUUUUUAUGUAAUCCUUAUUGGGAGCCAGUGGAAAUGUUCAUUAUACCAUCAUUGCGAGAAAACUCAGAAAAGAAAUUUCCCUUCCUAUCUUUUCUGCAAUGUCUUGAGGAUGAUAGCAAAUUUACUAGUAAAUUGUUGAUAAAUGAUUCAUGGUUACUUCAUUCAGUUUUAUCUCUGGAACCCCCUGGAUUUGUUAAUGAUAUACGAAAUUUGAAUAAUACAAGACUGCCAAAUAAUUCUAUUGUAUUGAAUUAUCUGAAACUAAUAGCAAAGUUGACUGUGAAUGUGUGUAAUAAACAAAUAACAUAUGAAUAUGAAGACUCACUGUAUAGCCAAGAGACUGCUGCAGAUAAAGAUGACGACAGUGACAGUGAAACAGAGCCCAAUCCAACUUCAGUCAGAGAAAAAUUACUAUUAACUAAGUGUAUAGAGUUGUUGAAUGAACCCGAUCGGUGCAUAAUGGUAACAUGUUCUCAAAUAACUGAGACUGAUCUUAGUGAUGAAUUCCUUGAUGCUAUGUCAGAGAUAUGCCACAAUUUGUUGUUGAGUCACAGAAUGGCAUUACAUAAGUAUAGGUUAUUGUACACAUUAGCUUUUAAACCCAUAUUCAUCCGUGGUCUCUGGCGUUGGUUGAGUAACAUGAGUCACGAGUCUUCUUUCGGAGGUUCAGCGACGCCGCUACUCUCUGCUUUGUCUCGUGGCAUGGGUGCAGAGUACUCAGUGAUAGGUGUUCAUAGACUUUUGGCUCCUUUGGCAGUGUUUUGUGCGCUCUUCUCACUGUUGAUCGGCACUCUACAUGACACUGAGUUCUGUCGGGACACCGACGACGAAGACGUCAAAAUGAGCUUAACCGCACCAGUGAAUACGAUUACUGGCAGCGGCGGUGGCGGCAGAAUUCACGCCUUCGAAUUCUCCGAGCUAGGAGGGCUAUGUCGAACCCUACGACAAGUAUGUCUAGGGCUGGUAGAACUUGCGUAUCCUGAGACGAGGCCCGUAGUGGGGGGCUCGUAUAAGGACGCUGUCGGCAAUACUCAGAUAGAAAUAAGCGGAAAGAAUCAGACCCCGGCGUGGUCGCAUUUGUUUAAGGUUUGCACGCACUUACUGCGCGCGCUGUACGUUCGGGAUUCGCGUCUGCAAUUUUGCGGGGCGGAAGAAUGGCCGGCGGCCGGCGCCGUUCCCGAAGGGGCCGCCGCCGUGCUAAUGGUUGCUGGGACACAUCAUAGGCCCAACCCGAGGCAACUGCGGCGCCCCCCCGCACUCUCCGCGGCUAUGGCGGCCCAAGAGGAGGGACCACCUUUAACAAUCAAAGAGCUGAGGACCGUUACAAUACUCCGGGAAAUACCUUUUGUAGUGCCAUUUUCAACAAGGGUCUUAAUAUUCCAGGGAUUGCUCAUGAGGGAAAAACACGAUCACUGGUAUGAGAUGACAAAUUUCAAUGAGGGCCCGUCGAUAUAUAUCAGUGUGCGGCGUACUCAUCUCUAUGAAGACGCUUUCGAUAAGCUUAGGCCGGAUAACGAACCUGAUAUGAAAUUGAAACUUCGAGUUCAACUAAUCAAUCAAGCGGGCGCUGAGGAAGCAGGCGUGGACGGCGGAGGGUUAUUUAGAGAAUUCUUGUCGGAGUUACUUAAGUCAGCAUUUGAUCCUAAUAGAGGAUUGUUUAGAUUAACUAAGGACAACAUGUUGUAUCCCAAUCCGGGUGUGCAUUUAUUAUAUGAUGAUUUUCCAAUGCAUUAUUACUUCGUUGGAAGAAUGUUAGGAAAGGCAAUAUACGAGAAUCUGCUAGUGGAGCUCCCUCUAGCGGAGUUCUUCCUCGGCAAGUUGUGUUCGUCUCGAGAGCCCGAUGUUCAUGCGUUGGCUUCACUUGAUCCUGGUUUAUACCGGGGUUUACUUCUACUGAAGGCUCAUGGACGGAAUGAAGUACCUGACUUGGGACUUGACUUCACUAUUGUUAGCGACGAACUUGGGGAACAACGGAUAGAGGAGUUGAAACCGGGAGGAGCCAACAUUCCAGUCACUGCCGAAAAUAGGAUAGAAUACAUUCAUCUAGUCGCUGAUUAUAAGUUAAACAGGCAAAUCCGGUCGCAGUGUAACGCGUUCAAGCGAGGCUUGACGUCGGUAGUGAAUGGGGAGUGGCUCAGAAUGUUCUCGUGCCGCGAACUACAACUUCUCAUAUCGGGAGCUGAAGUGCCUAUCGACUUGGACGACCUUAUGGCCCAUACACAAUACGCGGGAGGAUAUUCGGCGACCCAUCCGACAGUGCAAUGCUUCUGGAAGGUAGUGAAGAACUUCACAGACGACCAGAGACGGCAACUUUUAAAGUUCGUCACCAGUUGCUCAAGACCACCGUUACUAGGUUUUAAGGAUCUACAACCCCCGUUCUGCAUCCAAUCAGCGGGCGCUUCCCACCGGCUACCCUCCGCUUCCACCUGUAUGAAUCUUCUAAAGCUACCAGAAUUCGCCAACGAAGACCUCAUGGCAGAGAAGCUUCUGUACGCCAUACAAGCGGGUGCCGGCUUCGAGCUCAGCUAGACAACACAAAUCAACGGUAACGAAAGAACAAGAUACUGCUUUAAAUAAUUAUUUACACCGCCAGAGGAAAAAUGAACUAUUUUAUAACAGUUGUAUCGUCAUUAUGAUGGUUAUAUUAAAAUCUCAUUGUGAUAAUAAUAAUUAAUGUUAAAUAAUGUUGUAUAGUUGUAUGUUACCUUCUGACGAAUUUACGCGUAACACCUAUUUCUAAAUCUAAAUUUCUUACUUACAAUCUAUUUAUUUAUUUUCAUAUCUUAUACCUCGUUCUGAGUAGUUAUUAGAUUGUGGGAUUUUACCACAAUGGACUGUUUUAUUAUUUUAUAGAUUAGGUAAUAAAAUGUAAAUACAUAGAUGAAUAUUGUCGAAUGGAUAUCUAUUUAUAUUAGCGAUGCAGAAAAAAUGUUUAAUCGUAAAGUGUAAAAAAUGUUACUUAUGUGACGAGAUUUUGUAAGUACAUGUAAAAUGGGUAUGCAUUAUUUCGUAUGUAUGUAUUAGGUAUUAUUGGUAUGGUUAGGUACUUUCGCAUGUUGAUCCAAUUGUGUCAAAGUUGCGAUUUUUUAUAUUAGUACCUAAUAAUAAAGUUGUCCAAUACUGUAUACAGAUUUUCAUUGUCAUUAAGUUCCUUAAAGAGUAAUGCAACCAAAAUUGUUUUUUUUUUGGUAUUCUAUCUUGCCGUAGAAUAUAA